AUGUUGUUUAAAGAGACAAAAGAUUUACAUACCUAUAAUGCUGGAGACAUUAUUGGAUUUCACAAAUAUGCUUACUACGGGGAUGUAAGAAGGUUCAAAAUGGUAGCAACCUCCACGUUAAUUGAAGAAUAUAUAGAGUCGAUCUACUAUUGUAUCAACUAUGGAUGUAGGAGAAAUAUUGAGUUUGCGGAGUUUGUUUUAGAUGAGAUCGAAUUUGUUGACAAUAAAUAUAAAAUGAGUAUUACUGCGACGUAUAUAAGGAACGGAAAGUACGACUCUAGGUUGUAUUUAAAGAAGUUUGAUUAUUCCUUGUACAGAAACAUAGCCAAAGACGAUGUGAAGCAUUUAUUGAAAUAUGAAGAAUUGCAUGAUAUAUUGUGUUUUAUUUCUGCUUUGAAUUCAUUCGAGUUAAUAAUCAGUCCCAGUUAUUUGCAUCCGAUAAAUAAGUUGAAAUACUUCUAUAAUUUGCCUGAUGAUAGUGAAUCAAAAAAGAUUACAGAUUUCUGGAGUUUUGUUUUAUCUCCCACUAGAUAUACAUUAGGAGGAUUAGACAUUUAUUCCUUUACUAUUCCGCCAGGUGAUUAUGCAAAUAUCUGUAAUAUUGAAAGAGAAUUAUUGUUUGCUUAUUUAAAUCGUGGCCACAAGGAAAACGAAGUUCUUACACCUUUAACUGAAGUCAACAUAAUGAAUGAUGUCAGGUUUGCUAUAGAGUCAUAUUCAAAAAAUCAUCUCAUGGAUUACUGUUUGAGUAAAUUUGUCAUUAUUUCACCUUCACUUUCAUUAGAAUUAGUGAAGAAACAUAAACCAUUUUUAGUUUUCGGCAAUUCCUAUAAUGACUUCAAUUACCUUGACAAAUACAUUGAAAUUAACCCUUUGUAUAGACAUAAUUUUAUUUACAGUGGUAUAAUGUAUCAUUGUAUUGAUAUUAGACAAUAUAUUGGAGAUGAUAUAGAUUAUUGUUACAUUGAAGCAUGCAUAAAAUCUUGCAAUCCUUCCGUUCUUUUGUUACUAAAGAAAAUGAACAAAAAAUGUUAUAAAAGAUUAGAUUAUGCUAACAACAAAUAUAUUGAAGAACUGGAUGAAAUUGAAGUUGAUUAUGAUGAAAUAUCUAAGAAAUUGAGACUCGAUGUGUCUUCAUAUAAGUUUAUCUCAUAA